UUAAUUUGACCCUAAAUAAAGCCUAUGGACUUUUCACUUGCAUCAGGUUUACAUUCUUUUAUGUCAACUUAUGAUUAUAUAUACGAGGUAUAUAGCACCACUUGGAUAAUUCGAGCCUCAUAUUGAUAAUUAUCUGUGACAUAUCUUCAAAAGUGAAAAAUAAAUUAAGAUAUGAUGUUAUUCUGCAUUCUAAUCUUUAACCUGGAAAUGGUAACUGGAUUCAAUGUAUUAACUUUAGAUGUUUUUACCGAGAAGAUCAAUAAUACAGAACAUUUCAGAUCGGAAUGCAAAGUAAUAAAGAAGGAAAAAGAAGUGUUUGUUGACUGUGCAGGCAGAAACUUAACUUAUAUUCCAUCGAUUCCUAAGUUUACGACAUCUUUGGAUCUUUCAAAUAAUGCUAUCGUUGAAAUGUCGAAUUCUUCGGUCUUUAACGGAAUGUCAGUAUUACAGAGAAUAGAUUUGUCGAACAACCCAUUAGAAGAAAUAGCCGUUCAAAUUUUCAGUGGACUGCAAAAUCUUACAGAACUUAUCAUUCGAAAUUCAAUGCUUCAUAAACAAGAUAGAACUCUGAUAUUGGACGAUUUAAUCGCAAAUUUAAGAAAACUAAGAUAUUUCAGUUUUACAUUUAUGUUGCCAAAUUCUAUAAGUUUCACACCUGUUAUUUGUGCACUUCUUUUUCGUACUCAGCCAUUCGGUAAAAUAGACAAACUUCAUUCAGUUGAAAAACUAGAAAUUGAUUCAGCCUUGUUGAAAUUGGAAAGUAAUGCAGCUUCAAUGGUUAUUUUCAAUACCACAUCACUUCACGUUAUCAAUGGAUUUGUAUGUUACCAUGAUGUACUCAACAAAAAAAUGUUCGACUAUUUUCCUUUUCUUAAAGAACUUUUCAUAGAAAGUCCAUUUUUUGUGAAAUUCAUUAAUGACGAUUUUGUAUCUGCUCAAUCUAGGUUGCGUGAUUUUUCUAUUUAUGGUGCAAAUUUACCACACCCAUCAGGAGUUCAAAUAAUAUACAAUAUAACGAAGUCUGUUUCUAGAGCAUAUGAUCUGUCGAGUCUAAUGAUAAACGGUAUCUCAAAUCACAAGAGACAGGAAUUCAUCUGUGGUUACCACUUCUGUGAUCUCACAGCUUUGCAUUCAUUAAGAAUUUUAAAUCUGGAAGCAAAUGCUCUUUUUUUGCCAAAUGCAUACGUGCUACCAUGUGACAACUUCCCGACUUCACUUACAUAUAUGAAUAUUGACGACAAUUGUAUAAACUCUUUCAAUAUCAAUGUAAAUAUUCUUCAAAAUAACAAGCAAUUAGAAAGUUUAUCUGCUAAGAGACAAAAUAAUUGUGCUUUUGUGCGUACACAUGCCAGAGUAACACGCAAUCCACGAAAUAAUAAUUAUGAGGGUAAACGAGUCUACAGUUUAAAAACGAUGGUUUUAACAAACUCAAUAGACAAACUAGAUUUUGGCGAGAAACACGACUUUUAUCCGAAUCUAACUUAUUUAGAUUUAUCCCUGAACAACAAUACAAUAGACAAUGUAAUGCCUGGAUUCUUUUGUUCCAGUCGUCCCCAUCUUAAGUAUUUAAAUAUUUCUUACAGUAGAAUAUCUUACAUAGAGAAAUCAUCUUUUUCUAACUGCAGCCAUCUAGAAUUGUUUGAUCUAUCGUCAAACCGUAUUGGAAACCUUGGUUGUGACUUGUCUGAUAGGUUUAUUCCCCUGGUUUCGUUGACGGACUUAAGUCUGAAAAGUAAUAACAUCAAAUGUAUUCAACAACACUUGCUCAAAUCAAUGAUCAAGAUAAAAACAUUUGAUAUUAGUCAUAACCUUCUACAAACUUUCAAUGUUUCCAUCGAACAUACAAAACAUCUUGAAUUUUUAAACUUUUCACACAAUCGAAUACAAAAAUUGUGGGAAAAUAACAUGCACGAAUUGGAUACAAUUGCGUCGUCAAGGGAGAUUAAGAUAGAUCUUAGUGAGAACAUGAUGUUAUGUACAUGUGAAACCCUUCAAUUUUUGCGAUGGAUGGCGAAAACAAAUGUAAUCUUACUUAAUAUGAAUAAUUACAUAUGCUCCUUUGGAAAUGGAAGUGUUACAACCUUACAAGAGCUACCAUUCAUUGUAAAACAUUUACAGUUACAAUGUAGGUCAGAAACGGUUCUGAUUGCAAGCGUCAGUGUGUUGAUUGUUUGUAGUUUGAUAGUUAUCGUAGUGACGAUGGUAUAUCGGUACCGGUGGAGAAUCCGAUACUGGUACUAUAAACGAAAAUUCAAAGCAGCAUAUACGAUGACGGACCAGGGCUAUGAACAAAUGUUUGAGUACGAUGUUUUUAUCUCAUAUUCUUCUGACGAUUAUGAAAUAGCUAGGCAUAGUACAAUGGAAGAGCUUGAAUCAAAACGAGGUUUACGAGCCUGCAUCCAUGAAAGAGACUUUCAACCAGGAGAAUACAUUGCACAAAAUAUUUCAAAGUCGAUUCAUAGUAGCAGGAGAACUAUUCUUUUUGUUUCCAAUAAUUUCCUUGGAAGUGAAUGGUGUCAGUAUGAGUUAAACAUUGCGUUAAUGGAAGAAAUGAAUAGUGAACGAAAGGUGGUCAUGGCGGUUAUGAUUGACGAUAUCCCGAGAAAAUCUCUGCCAGUUGACCUGCGUCAUAUUAUCCAUGCUUACACUUACUUAGAAUACCCUAAACAUACGACAUAUUCAAAUUUAAACGUCUUUUGGAAUAAGUGUGCAGAAUUUAUUAAAGAAGAAUGAUUUUGUUUUCGCCUUCAACUUUACACCUUUUUAUAAGUUCUGAUCACUCAGAAACACACUUGGUUUGGAGCACAAUAAAGAUUAUGAUACUGCCACUUAAUUAAGAUAAUUUUUAUAUU